AUGUCCCAUUCUAUUUGGAAAGACUUAUGCAAACAACCUGUUAUUACAGCUUCCUCCCACAAACAAACAACAAUUGUCACCAAUGCAACCACACAAUUGCGGCAACCCAUUGACUCCAUCUUGACAAUUCUCAGUGACCGCGCCAUUGCGUUGUCAGAGUGUGCCAACUUUGAUGCUGCUCUUCGUGAUGCAAAUGCCAUGCAACAGCUCUCACCUUCUUCAACCCUUGGGUAUCUAUGUGCAGCCAAGAUUUACAUUGAACAAGGAAAAUGGCGUCAAGCUAUCGAUGUUUGCAACAAGGGACUCAAUGUUGUUGAUACAAACGACUCACACUAUGCUAUGCUGCAGCGAGCCAAGAAUGUUUCUGAACAAUGUGCGGGCAAACGUAUCGACUUCUUCAAGGGGCUACCUGUUGACAUUGUUAUUGCAAAGCUUGUUCCAUUGCUUGUGGAUGAUGGUUAUAUGGAUGGAUUGAAACCAAGUCCCUAUUUGUUUGUGUCUCAUCUAUGGCGUGACCGUAUUAUUGAAUCGCUCGGUGGAUUACGUAUCCAGAUUGGGUCUAAGGAAGACGACAAUCUUUUGCCAGUCAUUGAGCUUGCACCCCACAUUAAGGCAUUGCACAUUCGACGAUAUCGCAAAGGAACUUGGCUAGCCGACUUAAUUGGUGAUAACGACUUUUCCUCAUUGCAAGAGUUACACAUUGAAGGCUUCGGGAGCAAACACAUCGGGAACUUUCUCGCAUCACUGAAAUCGAUCAGCAGCACCUUGACACAUUUGGUGAUGGAUAUGGAAAAUGGACCCAUGUUAGGCGUACCCGAGAUUGUGUUGGCAUGCCCCAAUCUGACAAUGCUUCGCAUCAUCGAACCCCAGGACGCCAACGUCAGCCUUCUCCUGAUAAGUACAUGGCCAACAUUGACGACAUUAUCGCUUACCUACACACACACGGAUAUCACAUGCGAACAGAUAAUCGCGAUCUGGGAGCGGUUUCCAUCACUCAAGAAGCUUACACUUAUGCCAUGUACCGAUAUACGAUCACCGUUUAUUGUCUUGGACUAUCGUCCAACAAUGAAAAGCCUUCAUCUUUGCAUGGAGGGAAUGGGGAUUCAGCUUAUCUACUCGGAUGAAGGAUGCUACAGCGAGGAGCCUGGCAUGACAAAGCUUAUGAUAUCAACCGAUGACAUGGCGGAAGGGCCUUGCAAGGAUACCACCUCUAUCAUCAAGCAGUACCACAAGACGCUUGAACACCUUGAGUGGGAUAUGGACACAAGCGAGGAUACCGAGAGCAUUGACGAUCUUCAUUUCCCGCGUCUUACAAAGCUUGGUCUUUUUACUUGUGGAUGGCAGAUACUACGCAAUGCCCCCAUGCUGCAAGAGUUGAUGUUCACGUCCAAAACUAUCACCACGCACCCUCAAGUACUUGACACGAUACCACAACUCUUGAAGUCGCUUGAUUUGAAGUUCAUUGGCGCAUUGGAAUAUGAGCAUGAGGCAUCCAUCUUACGCUACCUUCAUCGCAUUGCUAUACAGCACCAGCUACGACAACUUGUGAUCCGUUUCUAUAACACCGACAACGAAGCCAUCCUGGAUGCCAUCUUCCGUCACAGUCAUCUUGAAGACCUAUCGGUCGGCGUUAAGAAGGAGUGGAAUUAUUAUCGAAUGCAGAGCUUCAUUCAUGGACUUGCCAGAUCAUGUCCCCUUUUAUCGUCACUCGAACUCAAAUGCACGAAUGCACCUACGACCUCUUCAAUGAACAUCUUGAAGGGACUUCCAAAUUUAAACAAGUUGACAUUCUCGAUCAAUGGAACAGCUGACAUUGACAGCUUUUGGGAUGCGAUCGAAUCAUUUCCACAGCUCAAAUGCAUUACUAUCAACCCUUCGUCUAUAGCCCAGGAUGCCAGAAUCAAUCAUCUCAAACAGCAAAGACCAGAUAUCAAAGUUAUCAUCGAUAAGGAUGCAAUCACGGUUUAA